AUGGCUCAUCAAUGUAAUGAUUCUAGUCACUCUCAUGGUGUUGACGAUGGAAUUGAAUAUUCAUUAAAUAGAUAUUUAGAUACAGGAACAAUUACAUGUUUAAAUGAAAAAGUUAAAGGUUCAGUUAGACAUAUUUUUAAAUCAUGGGAAGAUAGACAUGACCUUAAACAUUUUGUUGAAAGUUGUGACGAUGAAGAAUUAAUUAUAAAUAUUCCAUUUGGUGCAGUAACACAAAUUAAAUCAAUAAUAAUUAUUGGUGGCGAUGGUGGUUCUUCACCAAAUAAAAUGAAAGCAUAUAUUAAUAAUAGUAAUAUUGACUUUGGUAAUAUUAAUUCAUUUGCAUGUACUCAAGAAUGGAAUUUACAUGAAGAUUUUGAAGGUCAAAUUGGUUAUAGUACAAAACCAACAAAAUUCAAUAAUAUAAAUCAUCUUACACUUUAUUUUCCAUCAAAUUUUGGUUCGCCAACUACCAAAAUUUAUUUCAUUGCAUUAAAAGGUGUAUACACAAGUGCUAAAAGAGAAAUUGUAAAUACUGUAUAUGAAUCAAAACCACAAUUACAAGAUCAUAAAUCUGAUAUUUUCAAUGGUGUAUCUCAUGACCUUUCUUAA